CAGGGAACCAGCUGGAAGCUGCUGGUUCAUUCAUCCUCGCCACUGCUCCACCAGCGCUAGCUAGCAGCCUCUCGCUCUGCUGGCCCCGACACCUGCUACAACAAUGGCUCACUCGAAACUUUAAAACCCGACUCUCCAAAAUAUGAACCUCCUCCUUUACUGUAUGAACACGCAGGGAAUCGGACAAUCGUCAGUGGUGCAGCGGUCGUGGUGGUUUUGCUAUAAGGAUCAUGUGGGGGGCCUGGCCGUUCCUGCCUGCUCUGGUACUUCUCUCAGAACUCUCUGUGGUGAGAGUCCAGACAGCGCCAUGCCAGACCUGUCGAAAACUCACCGAAAGUUUCAUUACGGGUUUGGAGGUUACGGCGAAAAAGAACUUUGGGGGUGGUAACACUGCUUGGGAAGAAGAUAAGUUGGCUAAGUAUGCACGGAGUGAGACUCGACUGCUGGAGAUUGUAGAAGCUGCUUGUGAGAAAACAGAUUUUGAAUGUAACCAGCUGCUGGAGCAGAUAGAGGACCAGGUGGAGACGUGGUGGUUCCACAGGCAGCAGGAGGCACCAGACCUGUUUGAGUGGCUGUGCAUAGAGGAACUGAGACUCUGCUGUCCACCUGGCCACUUUGGGCCUGGCUGCAAAGAGUGUCCAUCCAGCCCCGGUGGGGUGUGUGGUGGUCUCGGCCGCUGUGAGGGGGAGGGGACUCGACUGGGAGAUGGAGAGUGCGUCUGUGAUCCUGGAUACUCAGGCAGUCUGUGCCAGGGCUGCGCUGAUGGCUACUAUAGAGAGAACAGCUCCAAUGACAGCAAAGGAGCCUGUGCAGCUUGUUACUACUCGUGUAAGAAGUGCAAAGGGCCGCAGGAUUACAAAUGCCUCGACUGUAAACCGGGCUGGAUCCUCCAUGACAACAAGUGUGUGGACAUUGACGAGUGUGGUACGGAGCUGGCUCGAUGUCCCUCGAACACGUACUGUCACAACACAGAUGGAGCAUAUGAAUGCAGAGGCUGUGACCAGGCAUGUGUGGGAUGCAUGGGAAGCGGCCCUGCCCGUUGUAAGAAAUGUUCACGUGGCUACAGAUUGAAAGGAGCCAAGUGUCUUGAUAUAGAUGAAUGUAAUGAGCGUGCGAUAGCGUGCCCAGGACUCAACGAGGCCUGUAUCAACGAGGAGGGCUCCUUCCACUGUGACUGUGCCGAUGGAUUCAUCAGAAGAGACAGCAUUUGUGUCGAGAACAAGCCACCUGCCGGCCCAGAGAAGGGACUGUUUGACGACAUGACAGAUGACGAGGUUCUUGUCCUGCAGCAGAUGUUCUUUGGGGUCGUGAUCUGUGCCAUCGCUACGCUCGCUGCUAAGGGUGAUAUGGUUUUCACGGCUAUUUUCAUUGGAGGUGUGGCUGCUAUGGCCGGAUACUGGUUGACAGAGAAGGGGGACUACAUGCUGGAUGGAUUCAUAAAAGGACGCUAGAAGUGUCUGAGGCCACGAUUUAAUGAAAGGACCGUGGAGUACCAGCCAAUCAGAGUGAAUAUCAUUCGACUGGGGCAGAAAAUGAUCACGACAGAGCUUGCCUUUCAGGGAUUUAUUUUGGUUUUGGGAGUUACUUGAAAGGGCUUGGGGUAAUGUAUGUUUAUGAAUAGGAUAAUGCAGGAACGUUAAAGACACGGAGCCAUAUAUCUUGAAGAGGAACUAACAAGGCCACACUGCACUGAUGUAAAGGAACUUAAUCCCCUACCUCAACUUUGUUGGGAACAAGGUUGACAUGAAGACCACCGCUGAUUGUUCAAACCUAAUAUGCAUUUGGAUUUUCCAUCUGGCCUCGAUGUUGCUCGAGAAACGAUGUCUUUCUUCCACACAAUCGAAACCUCCAGUCAUCACCCGCCCGUCAAGCAGAGCUUUUCCCAUAGUUUGAAUGUUGCGUUAGUUUCAACAGUGCCGGGUCAAUUUUUGCUAUGGGCCUGCGGUGUAGACGAGGAAAUCAGCCCAAAGAGAAAGCUCAUUGAAACUCUGGGAUGUUUCCAUUAUGAACCACUGGUUAUUAAUGUUCACAGAAUUACUUUUUUUUUAAUUUCCUUACUUCCUGAAAUGAUUCUUUUCAGUAAUACUGCAUGACAACAGGAAUUGAAAUGAAAGGUACAACACUGUUUUAAUUUGUCUCACUUUGGCAUGGAAGUCUGACAGCUGCUGGAUCACCAACAUUACUGCUACUGACCACUUAAGAGUUUGGAGGAAUGUGCUUAGGAAAAUACCAGCUCUAAUCUUGAUGAGCCAUUUUCUGUUGCCUUUAAUUUCGAAAGCAAUAUUUAUUGGAAUGAUGUUUGUUAUAUUUAGUUCUCGACAUCUUCUCUGUGUAUUUAUGUGCAUUUUAAUGCAGUUUUUAAUUUAUCCAGUUGUGAUUCUAGCAGGUAUUGUAGCAUCAUGUUAGAAAGCACCUGAGGCAUCAAUUCUCAUCUAUCCAUCAAAUGUAUCUUGUCCAAGGGUGAAAACUCGUCCAUACAGUCAUUGUUCAUUAUAGAUGUUUGCUUUGUAAGAAAAGUCUGCAACCCUCCAAGUCAUUUUUAUUCUUAUUUUGUGAAGAACUGUAUGCUCUUUGCAUAAACAUAACAUUCAAGCGUAUGGAAUUUGUUUUCUUCAAAAGCAUGUUUUGUCAUAAAUUAAAGGAGAUGC